CCUAAUGGGCGGUUUGAAACUAACAAAAAAAUUUGUCUCAGUAUCUCUGGUUAUCAUCCUGAGUCAUGGCAGCCAUCAUGGUCAAUAAGGACUGCAUUGUUGGCUAUUAUUGGCUUUCUACCUACUCACGGGAAUGGUGCUAUUGGCUCUCUUGAUUAUACUCCAGAAGAAAGAAAAGAAUUAGCCCUGAAAUCACAGAAUUGGAAAUGUCCUCAGUGUGGUAGCAUUAAGAAGCAUUUAGCAGAGAAAAGUUGUGAUACAACAGAAAAUCAUAAAUUGCUAGAAAAUGAAGAACCUACAGUAAAAGAUGAAAAAUCGCCUCUUACAAAAGAAUGUUCUAACUCAGCAAAGUUUGAAACCUUGCCUUCAAAUGAAUCUGUGAAUGAAUUAUUUACCAAACCAGCUCUGUCAACCAAAAAUCCUGAUCCAACUGAAAAUAACAAUGUUUCUGUCGAUGUUGCUACUACUUCUGCUGUUCCGUCCAUUAGUUUACCAGCAGAAAAUAUUUUAAGGCAUAGACAAAAUGUAUCAGAACUUGAAAACAGUGCAGUAACUGUUCAGACAAAUGUAACAAGGCCUAUGUCUAACAAUUGGUCUUCCACGCUUAUGUGGGUUAUUGUUAUCUUGUUAGGAAUUUUAAUUUUAAGACGUAUUAUAUGUCAAUAGUUAGAUAUUUUUAAACAUGUUUAUUCAAUCUAUAUCUGCUUAAUAAAUCAUUUAUUUUAAAACACUGUUGAAAAUUGAUCCGUAUAUUUUAGCCCUACAGUAGAACCUCUAUUGAUCUUUCUCAAUAGGCCAUUCAUUAUAAAUAAUAAAUACGGGAAAAAAACAAAUGCGGGCAAGCUCGAAAUAUCAAAUAAUGACUAGAUACUUAUGUAAAAUUAGUACAUUACAUAUUAAAAAUUACUACUACUUCUCUGAUUCCGUCCAUACAGAAAAUAUUUUAAGGCAUCGAAAAAUGUAUCAGAACUUGAAUCAAUUAUAAUAACUAUCACUUUAAGUUAAAAAGAAAGCACUAUAUUAGAGUACAAAUGUUGAUGUUAACAGAGGUUGACAAUUGUUUUAGUGUAAGACAUAUCUACAGAGAAUAGUGACUACAACAAUUCUUGAACUGUAACUUGUAAUAUUUUUUUUAAAGGUAUUUGCUAAUAAGGUAAAAGUCUAUUAUUAAUUCAUACUAGCAAAUAAAAUCUUCGUUAUAGCUAGCUUUUUGUAAUGAGAGAAUAUACAUUUUCAUUUUUAAAAUAGCAAUAAGCAUAUAAAAAUAUUUACAAAAACACACAAAAUAGACAUUAACCUCUGUUUCUUUUAUUUUGAGCAACUAUUUUGAUUAAAAAUAUCUAUCAAUCUUAGAUUAUCUUAGAUUUCCUGCAGAUUGUAGGAUGAUUUAUGUAACUCUGUACAUUGUUGCAUACCACAAGAAUGUUUGAACAAGUUUUUGCAAGAUGCAAGAAAAAAUGGAAUGAACUGCAAUAUCUUUUGACGUCAUAGAUAACAGUAUGAUUAUUUUAAUACUAGUAGGCUAUCAAGAAGAAAAAUCAAAAAUCACUGAGAUGUGUGAUCAAUAAAAGGAGCUUUUUGUGUUUGAA